UUCCUUCACCCACCGGCAGAGAAAGGAAGAGAGAGAGAGAUAGAGGGAGGCUUUUAAUUCCGCGCUUUCUCAGUUUUUCUCGCGGAAAAAUCCAAGCGCACGCACAAAAACACACAAAACCCAUAUUUAGUAUCCGAUUGCCGAAUCAUCUAAUCCAGUCCAAGCCACCAAAUUUCGGUGUUCCUGGAUUAUCUGUCUCUGUCUUCCCAAAAAAAACAUAUAAAACGGAAAAAGAGCAAUAUCUUCUUCUACCUCCAGUCAGCUUCCUGAAGGUGACGAAAAUUAUAGCCAUAAGUUACCCAGAAAAACUACUAAGGCAUAUUUGUAAUUUUUACAUAUAAGAGGGAGGGUACUGGUUUGUGGAGCUGCAGGACUUCUGCGAGCUGAGCGUCCUCUCUCGUUAUUUGUUUAUCAAAGUAGAAUUAUUGCUAGAAAAGCCUUUUCUUCGAUGCAUACAUGUAGUACAAUUGAUUUCUGUCGAUGAGUUUGGAAGUUGCUGUGGAGGGUUUUAAGUGAAAGAAAGAGAUUGCAGCUGACAUAAUGGGUGCUGUCUGUUGCUGUUUGAAUGCUGAGAGUUUCGAAGAUUAUGUGAAUCCAACUAGUUCUGUGUAUAGGAACUGUAUAUGUCUGAAUUGCUUUGUUCAGAAUCUCUUAAAUGUGUAUUCAUCACUAUUUAGAAGAGGGGAAAUGCAUUCCAUCUCUUCAUCUAUUCAGGGGGCGGCAUCUAUGACUUCUGCUGCAUCACUAGACAACUCUCUGUCUGACAUGUAUCGCUCUCCUCCAAGGCCUUUGCCUUAUGAUGCUGACCCCAGAUAUUUCCGCUUGCAGCGGGAUGGACUGGUUUCAAGACGUGAGAAGGGUUCAAGUCAUUCACAUGAGGAGACAGAACCUCUUAGAGGUGAUGUUGAUGCAGAUCCAGAAUCUUUAAAUUCAGGAGACAAAUGGAAUGAAUCUGCAUGUGAAGAUGGAUCAAAAGAAUACCGUUCUAAGUCCUCACUUAAGCUCUCAUCGGCGAAAACUGCAACUGGAGUUGUGAAUAUUUAUACAUCAUCAGAAGAGGAGGAUGUUUGUCCUACCUGUCUUGAAGAAUAUACUUCGGAGAACCCCAAGAUAAUGACCAAAUGCUCUCAUCAUUUUCACCUUGGUUGCAUUUAUGAAUGGAUGGAGAGAAGUGAAAGCUGUCCAGUUUGUGGCAAGGUGAUGGUCUUCGAUGAAACAACGUAAUCUUGAUUGAAAGGAUUGCGUUGUGGAGGAAGCAAGCAAGCAAGCAAAACAGAGGAGAGAAAACCAAAAGUUAGUCAUUGUGAAUACCGCAGCUCAAGGGGUUUGUUGUCCAUAGCAAAUUUUAAAAAACUGUUCUCAUAUCCAUUGCUGUGAGUACAUUCUGUUCGAAAUGUUCUUUAUUCCUCCUCCCCCGUUUCUAAUUGAAAAAGGCUUGCAAUUUAUAGUUGAAAUAUGUCUAUAAUUUCCUCAAAAUAGUAUUGUACAGUCUCGUGAAUGUCCUGAGGAGAAGCAUUUGGACUGCCGCUAUGGUGUAUAGCUUUUGUUUUUUCAGUAACUUUUGGCUUUAAUGCAUUGUUGGUUCCAACUUGUAGUUAUCUAAUGAGUCAAGCUUGAAGAGAGAUUUGGGUUUAAUUACUAAAGAAACAUGCUCAAGGGGAGGGACACAAAUUUGUUUGUGCAUGGCUGUGAGUGAGAGAGGGAGUCCUUGAAAUAAUGAUUAUAAUUUGUAGAGAAAAAGAGAGGCUGAACUGCUUGUAUAAAUAUUCAUUAUACAUUGAAUAUUUGCCU